UUUAGGUUAUGUUUUACUUGUAUUGACAAGACGUGUAGAGUAGCAUGAAACUACUUCAAACAAACUUGAACCACAUUAUUAUUUAAUAAUAAACAUUUGAUUUUUAAUUAUUUUACGAAUAAAUAAUUGGGAACUAACAUCGAUAGUGUACCUAUCUAAAUGGUGGUUACAAAAUUUUGGGGUUUGAUUAAUUUUUUUAAAUUUAAAUGUUUGGCAAAGUAGGUAAUCAAAUCUAGCAGUGGAAAUGUAAAUAAUACAAUGAAAUUUUAAAAAUGUCUUAUCUUAAGGCAUUAUUGUAUAACUGAUAAUAUGAACACACCAAUCAAAAGUAAUCGAAAGCGGUCACGUGAUUACAAAAAAUUAUCGUUAAACAAAUAUUCCAAUGUUGUGGUAGAUUUAACGGAAAGUAAAGUGUUGAAUAAAAUUUGUGAUCAAAACAUUAAAGCGUUAAACAAUACCAAUAUUAGUAAUAAAAAAGCUCAAAUUUCACAAUCAGUUGUUGAAAUCAGUUCAGAUUCGGAACCAGAGCAGAUUAUCACACAAAUAAAACCAGAUCAGAUCACUACACAGCAAGUCUGUACAGAAAAAGGCAACCAAUUAAAUUCUAAUUCUAAAGCAGAUAAAAAGGAAAAACAACGUAAGAGAAAAGAAACACAAAAAUUACGAAAAAAAUUGAAAGAUUGUAUUCAGAAAUUCAGAAAAACACAAAAAAACAAAAGUAAGAAAAAGUUAAGAAAACUACAAAGACAAUUAUUGAAAGACAACAGUACAUUCCGAUUGGAACAAAUCGUUAGUAAACUAAGUGAAACGUUAAGAGAUCGAGUACACGAGACACAUAAAAAUUCAAAAAAACAAUUAAUGGACGACGAUACUAAUAAAAUGAAUUUGCAGCGUGCGUAUUCUGAUAGCGCAUUACAGAAUGAUUCCUGUUUAAGUACAAAUAUGUAUUGGCAACCAUACACGUCAUAUUUACCUCAGUGCCAAAUACCUGUACGAAAUCUUGUUGAUGAAAUUGGUACAAAGAAAAGACAUAAACCGAAGCCUCCACGAACAGUAUCUGUGGGAGAUUUGGCAAAUUCAGCAAAUAAUUAUAUAGAUAAUGUUGCGCAAGAACAAGUGCGUUUGAAAGGUUUUCGUCAAUGGACUGAUACGGAUUAUGGAAAAAUGAUGUACAAAUCAGGACGAACGGGAGGUCUAUUAUUUAAAUUAAUGUCUUAUAAUGUAUUGGCACAAAUUUUAUUAACACAACAUGCAUAUUUAUAUAGACAACAUGAUCCACGUGCACUGUUUUGGGAACAUCGUAAAUUUGCUCUUUUGAAUGAAUUUUUGGAACACGAUGCUGAUAUUCUUUGUCUUCAAGAAGUAGAAAAAACACAUCUAGAUUUUUAUAGAAAUAAUUUGGAAGGAAAUUUAGGUUAUAAAGGAAUGUUUAAAUCACGUACAGGUGUCCGUAAUGAUGGUUGUGCAAUGUACUACAAAGAAAAUAAAUUUAAUUUAAUCUAUUAUGACACAGUUGAAUAUUUUCAACCAGAUGUUGAAUUAUUAAAUCGUGAAAAUAUUGCAAUUAUUGCACGAUUUAGUGAUAAAUCAAAUCCCUCCAAUGAAUUUGUUGUUGCCACAACUCAUUUGUUGUAUAAUCCAAGGCGGCAAGAUGUACGAUUAGCGCAAACCCAAUUACUAUUAACCGAAAUCGAUAGAAUCGCAUUUAAGAAAUUUAACGAAAAAAAUCAACCAGAGUAUGUUCCGAUCAUAAUAACAGGAGAUUUCAAUUUAGAACCUUAUACGGCUGUAUAUAAUUUACUUGUAAAUGGUGAAUUAGACUUUUCAAAAUUAACUAGACGUCAAUUAAAACCACCAACAGGUGUACGAAAUGAAAUUUUAAUGGAACCUAGACUAUUACCACCUCGUUUACGUAUCACAGACCAUUGUCAACAUGUAGAUAUUGCGGCACUAAGACGUUCAAAAGAAUAUAAAAUGGAUUUCGAGAAAGAAAAGGGAUUAAUUCAAUUGGAACACAGUGGAAGGAGCAAAAAAACUUAUACCGUUCCUCAAAGCACAGUGAAUAACUAUGUGCGUCGCGAUAAUGUAACAGAAUCAAACGUUUUAUUCUCGACAGGAAAGUUAACCCAUGGAUUUAAUUUGAAAUCGGUGUAUUCACAUGACAACAGAGCUACCACAUAUCAGGACAGAUGGAUUAAUGUCGAUUAUAUUUUUUAUAGUGCAAAAUCUGACCAACGAGGAAAUCAAGAAAAAUCAGAUGGAAGAUUAAAAUUGGUGUCAAAAUUUCAACUACCAACUGCUAACGAAUGUAAAAAAUUACCAUCAAUUCCAAAUUUGGUAUUUGGAUCGGAUCAUUUGUCAUUAGCAGCGCAAUUUUUGUUAGAAGAUAGUGUUUAAGUGUUGUUUUUUUCGUAAAUUUACCUUUCUAAUCAUUUAAGAGCAUAGCUUAUUUUAUUUAUAAUUAUGUUACGACAACUUAUG